AUGGACAGCCCAAUUCACAAGGCGGUGGUGAACAAGAAACCCGUCCCAGAGAUUGAUUUCACCCUGCAUAUUAUGGAGGAUGGCGCGCAAGUGAGCACGCAAGAGCGAGUAUGCAAAGAUGUGCAAGCCCCCGCGAUGCAGCUGCCGACAGAUGACCAAUUCUGGUCACCCAUUGACCGAUCGAAGCCUAAUCUACCCUUCCUCAAACAACAUUUCUACCGAGAAGGUCGAUUGACCGAGGAUCAAGCUCUCUGGAUCAUCCGUGAAGGCACAAAGAUCUUGAGGGCAGAGCCCAACCUGCUGGAAAUGGAUGCUCCCAUUACCGUAUGCGGCGAUGUCCAUGGACAAUAUUUCGACUUGAUGAAAUUGUUCGAGGUCGGUGGUGAUCCGGCUGAAACUAGGUAUCUCUUCUUGGGUGACUAUGUGGACCGAGGAUAUUUCAGCAUUGAAUGCGUUCUCUAUCUAUGGUCACUCAAGAUCUGGUAUCCAAACACUCUCUGGCUUCUGCGUGGGAACCACGAAUGCCGUCAUUUGACCGACUAUUUCACAUUCAAACUCGAAUGCAAGCACAAGUACUCGGAGAAAAUAUACGAUGCGUGCACGGAAUCUUUCUGCUCCUUGCCUUUGGCCGCCGUGAUGAACAAGCAGUUUUUGUGCAUCCACGGGGGCCUUAGUCCGGAGCUGCACACAUUGGAAGAUAUCAAGAGCAUUGAUCGCUUCCGCGAGCCUCCCACCCAGGGUCUUAUGUGCGACAUCCUCUGGGCCGAUCCGUUGGAAGAGUUUGGGCAAGAAAAGACAGGAGAAUAUUUUGUGCACAACCACGUCCGAGGAUGCUCAUAUUUCUUCUCGUAUCCUGCUGCAUGCAAUUUCCUGGAGAAGAACAAUCUGCUGUCCAUUAUUCGAGCCCACGAAGCUCAAGAUGCCGGGUACCGCAUGUAUCGCAAGACUCGGACGACGGGGUUCCCCAGUGUCAUGACAAUCUUCAGUGCGCCCAACUAUCUCGAUGUCUACAACAACAAAGCCGCGGUUCUCAAGUACGAGAACAACGUGAUGAACAUCCGGCAGUUCAACUGCACCCCUCACCCUUACUGGCUUCCGAACUUCAUGGACGUCUUCACCUGGUCUCUGCCAUUUGUCGGAGAAAAGAUUACCGACAUGCUGAUUGCCAUCCUCAACACUUGCUCCAAGGAGGAAUUGGAGGAGGACACCAGGAGCUCCAGCAUUGGGCCAGAAACGCCCCCUUUCGCUCCCGAUGCCGAGUCUACUGAAGCGAAACGCCGAGCAAUCAAGAACAAGAUCCUGGCCAUUGGCCGACUUUCAAGAGUCUUCCAAGUGCUCCGAGAAGAAUCAGAGCGUGUCACUGAGCUGAAGACACAGGCGGGAGGUCGACUGCCUGCAGGUACCCUGAUGCUGGGCGCGGAGGGUAUCAAACAGGCCAUCCACAAUUUCGAGGAUGCCCGCAAAGUCGAUCUUCAGAACGAGCGACUGCCACCGUCACCGGAGGAGAUUGAGAAGAGAAGCGCAGAGGACAGAAGAGCAGCGCUGGAGAGAGCUGCCACUGAAGCUGAGAACGAUACCACUUUGCAAGGGGUGGCACGAAGAAUCAGUUUGUAA